GUAAAGCAGAUCAUGGAAGAAGCUGUCACACGGAAGUUUGUACAUGAAGACAGCAGCCACAUCAUCGCCUUAUGUGGCGCGGUGGAGGCCUCUCUGCUGCACAUGCUGAGGCGCAGGGCCGCCGGCUUCCUGCGCACCGACAAGGUGGCCGCGCUCUUCACCAAGGUGGGCAAGACCUACGCGGUGGCCGGGGACAUCUGCAGGAGGGUGCAGGAGCUGCAGCAGCAGGUGGAGAGCAGGAAAAAUCAGCCAAAUGGGCAGGAGCCCCUCAAGAGGCAGGGAUCAACCACAAGCAAAGCACCCGUCCUGACACCUCAGGCCAUCAAACACAUCUGGGUUCGGACAGCAUUGAUUGAGAAAGUGCUCGACAAGAUUGUGCAGUAUAUUGUUGAUAACUGCAGUAAAUAUUAUGAAAAAGAAGCUUUACUGGCAGAUCCUGUUUGUGGCCCAAUACUGGCUUCUCUUCUGGUUGGACCGUGUGCUCUGGAGUACACCAAGCUGAAAACAGCAGACCACUAUUGGACAGACCCCUCGGCAGACGAGCUCGUUCAGCGGCACCGGAUCCACGGGGCACACGGCCGGCAGGACUCCCCUUCGAAGCGCCCAGCCCUGGGAGUCCGGAAGCGCCACUCCAGCGGGGGUGCGGAGGAUCGCGGCGCGGCGGCGGCCAGGGAGUACGUGGAGUCCCUGCACCAGAACUCCCGGACACACCUCCUCUACGGGAAGAACAACGUCUUAGUCCAGCCGAAAGAUGACUUGGAGGCAAUUCCUGGGUAUCUUUCCCUUCAUCAGUCAGCAGAUAGCUUGACAUUAAAGUGGACUCCAAAUCAGCUGAUGAAUGGAACCCUUGGAGAUUCUGAGCUGGAGAAAAGUGUUUUCUGGGACUACGCGCUGAUAGUGCCGCUCAGCCAGAUCGUCUGCAUCCACUGCCAUCAGCAAGCAGAAAGCAGAUGGACAUUAGUCUUGGUGAGCCAGGAUGGAACUCAGAGACCUCCACUGCACUUCCCCCAAGGAGGUCACCUCCUCGCGUUUCUCUCCUGCCUGGAAAACGGUCUCCUGCCUCGUGGUCAGCUGGAACCACCACUCUGGUCCCAACAGGGCAAGGGUAAGGUAUUUCCAAAGCUUCGAAAACGGAACAGCAACAAGUCAGUGGAGCUAGAGGAAAUGUCAGCUGAAGACACUUCCACAGACUAUGUGUUCAGAAUUAUCUAUCCAGGACACAGGCAUGAUAACAUAACUAUUAACUACCACCACUUAGCUGCCAGCCGUUCUACCUCUGUUGACGAUGAUGAGGAGGAGGAAGAUAAGCUACACGCAAUGCUAUCAAUGAUCUGCUCUCGGAACCUCACAGCUCCUAAUAGGAUGAAAGACACCAGUGAAAUGAUAGAGAUGCAAGGCUUUGGGGCAAACUUGCUUUCGUGGCAGCUGGAGCACUGCAGCCAAGGCUCCUCGUGUCUCUCCUGCUCCACAGGCAGCUCUCCCUAUGACAUACCCAGCUGCUGCAGCAGCAUCCACGACAGAACUCCAUUAAAGAUGCUGUGUGAAAGCAUGAAGAGGCAAAUAGUUUCCAGAGCCUUUUAUGGAUGGCUGGCCUACUGCCGCCACCUCUCCACGGUGCGGACCCACCUCUCGGCCCUGGUCAACCACACCAUCGUGCCCCCCGACAGGCCCUCCAGUGCCACGGGGGGCCUCACCAAGGAGCUCUGGAGCAAGUACCAGAAGGACAAGAAGAACUACAAGGAGCUGGAAUUGCUGAGAAGAGUUUACUACGGCGGGGUUCAGCACGAGAUUCGGAAGGAAGUGUGGCCAUUCUUGUUAGGCCACUAUAAAUUUGGCAUGGCCAAGAAGGAAAUGGACCAGGUGGACGAAGACGUCGCUCUCCGGUACCAGAAGGUCAUGGCUGAGUGGAAGGCCUGCGAGGUCGUUGUGAAGCAGCGGGAGAAGGAAUCUCACUCUGCCACGCUGGCCAAGUUUUCCUCGGGCAGCAGCAUCGACAGCCACGUCCAGAGGCUGAUCCACAGGGACUCCACCAUCAGCAACGAUGUCUUUAUAUCUGUUGAUGAAGCAGACCCUGUGGAGCAGGGCCCCAGGGGCCAGGACGACCCCCCUCUCACCCUGCUGGCCGCCGACACGCCGGGCGGGGCGGCUGCAGAGCAGCAGUCUGUGGAGUUCGACUCCCCCGACUCUGGGCUGCCCUCCUCAAGGAACUACUCCGUGGCCUCAGGCGUCCUGUCCAGCAUCGAUGACGGGCAGAGUGUCUCCUUUGAGGAUGGGGCUGAAGAAGAAGCUGGCCCUGACGUGGAGAGGACGGAUGCGGACGCCCCGCGCGUGCCGAAAGCCAAGCCCGCGGUGCUGCAGGCCCAGGAGCCCCCGGCAGCAGAGCAGCUCUGUCCCCAGGCAGAUGAUUUAAUGGACGUUGCUUCUGUCUGUGCUGCCUCCUACACGAUCGAGCUAUUGGACACUGUUGCCUUAAAUUUGCACAGAAUUGAUAAAGAUGUGCAGAGGUGUGAUCGGAACUACUGGUACUUCACUGCUGAUAACCUGGAGAAGCUCCGCAAUGUCAUGUGCAGUUAUGUUUGGGAGCACCUAGAAGUUGGGUAUGUUCAAGGCAUGUGUGACCUCCUGGCUCCUUUGAUGGUUAUACUUGACAAUGAUCAACUGGCUUACAGCUGCUUCAGCCACCUGAUGAAGAGGAUGAGCCAGAACUUCCCCAAUGGAGGUGCUAUGGACACACACUUUGCCAACAUGCGAUCCCUAAUCCAAAUUCUAGACUCAGAGCUUUUUGAACUGAUGCACCAGAAUGGAGAUUACACUCACUUUUACUUCUGCUACCGCUGGUUCCUGCUCGACUUUAAAAGAGAAUUGUUGUACGAGGAUGUAUUUACAGUGUGGGAAGUUAUUUGGGCAGCAAAGCACAUCUCUUCAGAACAUUUUGUCCUUUUCAUUGCCUUAGCACUUGUGGAAGUUUAUCGAGAAAUUAUCCGCGAUAACAACAUGGACUUCACUGAUAUCAUCAAAUUUUUUAAUG